GGAGAUUGUGCAAGCUGUUGCCAAGGUGAAUGGAGUCAAUGUUUAACUAUCUGUGAGGAUAUGGUGCAAUGUUCUGAUUGUACUGAAGAGAAAGAGACUUGUAUUGGUAAUUGUCCAGGAAGCUGUUCUCUAAACCGCGCAGCAUCAAUAUCGUCGUCAUCACUUCGUAGAGCGUUUGCAAAGGUCAACAACCUUAAAAUGCACAAGUUCCAAAGAAGACUAAGAAAGUUUGUGAAAAGGCUGAACAGGGGUCAGUUUUCUUGAGAAUGCAACCUAGUGCGAAUCAACUAAAUACGACAAAUGCAGAACGAAGAAUUCGUCAUUAGCUUAAAUACGAAAAAAGAGGAUUGAUUGAGUCAAGAGCUGCUGACCGAAAAACGCUUUUCUAACUGACUGCUCCAGUUACAGACUUUGUGGACAUUUUUGAACGUCCGAUCACCAAUAAACUCCGUUUACAAAUAACCCGGCCUGGUUGCUUAAAGUCAGUAAGUAUGACCCAUCGUUCAAAAUUAAAAGUAUCUGUGUAUUUUACAUAAAGGUUCCAAAACUCAGAGCAAAUUGUUUACGCAAAUAAAGAGUUGUUACGUGUUCCCAAGCCAAGGAUUUGUAAAUUGCGGGGAGGUUCUGAUCCGUGACGGAACCAACAAAAUAUUCGAUUAUUUUGAAAUUGUUGCUCUGAGGUUUGGAGAAUUUGCGAGUUAAAUGUCUUCGCCAGAGCCAAGAGAUGAAAAUCCUUUCAGUAUGGUAAAUAAGACCAAAGUAUGAGUUUGUUUGUUUUAAUUUCUCACCCACAAACCUUUCCGUUACUAACCAAACCUCAUUUACAGUAUAUUGGUGUUGAAUUAAGAGCGAUUCCAACGAAGUACUCGAUUAGUUUUAAAUUAUUGCUCUAAGUUUUGGAGUGCUUGUCAAAUGUCCUCGCCAGAGCCUGGAGAUAAAAAUCCUUUCAGUAUGGUGGUAAGACCAAAGUUUGAGUUUCUUUGUUUUCGAAAACAAAAUUGAUGAAAAAGUUUAUCUUUCUGUUGCAAAAGGUUAAGUGAACUGUAGGCACAUAUUUUCUCUAGUCUUACUUAUAUUUUGUAUGGAAGCUGGUUAGCCUUGAAACAUGGAAUUGAAAAGAAUUGACAACUACCAGGCACUUUCUAAAAGACUCGGUAUAUAUAAAACAAUAAUGAGUAUUUCAAUUAUCCUCUCUCAGGGAAAUAGUAUUUGAAAUGAAAUGUAUGUAUUGAGGAGAGGAUGUAUGAAACAUUAAGGGCUAGGCCAAACGUCAGACUUUUCAUGUGAGACGAACAAAACUCUAAUUUGGGUCGAUCUAAAUAAGACACUGAAGUUAUCAAAAUAUAUUGAUCACCGAAAAUAAAUUGUAGUUAAUCAACAACUCUUGUUGAGCUUUAUCCUAUGUCCAGUGAUUUUCACGUGUAAGAUGCAACCUCUUCAUUGUUUAUUCGAACAAGCACAUGGCACUUAGCCUCCCACGCAGGGGUUUUUAAGGGAGCUCGUAUUUUUCGCUAAAAACGCAUGGCACUCUGCUCCCAUGAGAAAUAGUCUUUGGUGUUCUUACAGAUAAUUACUUAUAUGUAUAGAGUGUUUUCGUGGCCAGCAUCCGAUUGGAACAAAAGAAAGCGUUUGCAUAAGAAAAGAGUUAACUACCAGAGGAUUGGUUUGGGAUACCAACAUGGCCGAAGUUUCAUUGUUUUGGGACACCAAUAUGGCCACCGUGACGUCAUGUGAAAACACUCUAUCGCCCUUACAAAGUGUAAAAAAGAAUGCGAUAUUGUUUAAAUUAUUCUGGUACAAGGUUUUUGUUCACUGAAAGUUGAAAUUACUCAAUGUCCUGGUUAACCGAUUGUUAUUUUAUAGUAUCGAUUAUGGUCACUAGAUUUACCGUUUGCAUUACAGGAAGUGAAGUAAAAUUAUCAAAGAAAUCCGGGGAAAUCGAUUUUGGUUCGAGUUGGCGCGAGGAUCUAGUUAGCGAGGGUUCGGGUUAUCGGGAGUCGACUGUAGUUUGAUUGAGUAGCCUCCUCAGUGAAAUGCAUACAAACAUCCUUGCUCGCAACGGUCCAAGGGGUUGGUGGCCGGUGAGACACGCAUGGGUCCUGCUUAUAGAGAAUCGAGGUAACGUGACACCAGUAAAAAAAGAAAACAAGACAUUAAAGACAUGGCAAAUUACUGUCAUGUAGAGCACCUACAUUUCCCUUUUGAGGUAUUUUUCACUACCUAAAGCAGUUCUCAGGUGUUCGUUGGCGGUUUCUAAAGUGUUCGUUGCCCGUCCUUCUUAGAGAGAUGUUCGUCUCAUAGGGAUUAUAUUUAUAGCAAAAUGACUGAAAAGAAGCAGGGACCAACACCAGGUGUCCGUCUUAGAGAAGUGUCCGUCUUAAAGAGGUGUCCGUCGAGAGAGAGAUGACUGUACUUUGUAGCGGGUCGUUCUCCCACCAUGUCAAAUUGUAGUUUUUUCUGUAUUCAGAGGAUUUCCACCCGGGUGGUUUGUGUAAUGGUAAGUACACUCGAUCAUGUUUACAGUCGCUUCUCAUAAUUAAACAAGACCAACAACAGUGACACACUCGCCGGCGCCUCGUGUGACACUUUUUUUCUAUUUACCACAUACAGUGUAUUUUGACGUUAUCUGUGAUCUAUUAUACUAAAUAGAGGCAUGGCAACAUGGAAUGGAUCGGUUAAAUACAUCAACAAGAAACGAGUCAUUCUACCUAAAACGACACUGGUUUAAUGCGAGCUGUCCGGUUUUGAGCAAACAAAAACACGCUUGUGAACGCCAGAAUACAUGGCUCAAGAACAUCAUAAUGACACUCCUUCCUUGUAUUUUAGUUCUGUUGUAGUUAGAUCAUCAAAUUCCAAGGUUGUAACUGCCCUCUUUUUAACAUCUGGGUUAAACGUUUAAAAUUGACAUGAGUAUGGGUCGUCCUGGCAGGAUAUUACACAAUCUUCAUGAUCUGCAGUGCAGACUUCACACAUAAUUUUUGGUGCACACAUUGACAUACACUGUCGCCAACCAGAAAAACAGCAACGGCGGCAUUCAUCUGUUCGCGCAUCGACCGCGAAUUUGCAAGUUCCGCACAGUCCAGUGACAAUCAGCAAAAUGACGAAAAUGAUCUUGGUAUUCUGAAAUUUAUAGCGGGAAACAGCAUUUUUUCCUUAACACUAAGAAAUGGAGAAUCCUAUUUGUAGUGGCUGGUAUAGAAACAGGUUGGGAACGUCAGUGGACUACGGCGCGUGCAAAUCAGACAACUCAGUGGCUUGACCAACAUGGACCAAUGGAAGAGCGGCUAAUCAGUCACCGGAAGUCGCUUUUUGUCUUUUUCGCACGCCUUCCCGUCGUCAACUGACUUUCUGAUUCUGUUGCUAAAUCAGCAAACACUAAUAAUUUUUAAUUAUAAUAAAGGCAAGGAUAUGAGGUAAUCCAGGAAUUACAACUACUGUUAGCUUUUUUGUUCUGAAUGUACAAAUGAAAAUGAAAAAAUAUUUGAGUAAAGUGGCCGGUUUAAAUGAACAGAAGACAAAAUAGCUCUGAUAAAAUGUACAGCUUAAGUUUAAGUCUCAUUCUGUUUUUCCUCUUCAGCUGUUGUUUUCCGCCGGCAUUCUACAAUUUUCUUCAUCGUCAGCGAAUGUGGAAUGUUAACGUAAUGUCGAAAGAAUUUUAUUCAAAUGGUCACCACGUAAGCUGAGCUUGCGUCGCAAACCCAAUUUAUCCUCGCCUUAGUAACAUCUGCGAAGUAUCGCUAAGACCCUAACGGACUUAAUUUAAUCCUGAAGUGCAUUUCGAAUUUCCUUUCAUCCUUAUUGGCAAAUCAACAAUGGCUUUUUUUAACCGCCAAUCAUGACGCGUACUCAAAUCCCGGUACACAGGUGGGAGCCCGGAAAAAGAAUACCUUCACUGUUUCGCAGACGGACUUAACCUGAGAUUAGUUUCGUCUGCGGCGCAGACUACGACAUAGGAGACUGAAAACGAGAUAGGAUAAAAGUUAUUAAAACACUUCCGGUGCACCGUUAAACCAAGUGUCUCAUCUGAAAAUAAGAGGGUAGUACGUUUUGAACACUGAAAAAAACCUAAAAGCGCUUAUUCAAAGUCAAACUUAACUUGCUCACUAGUUCAACAUAUGUUUGAACGAAGUCCGAGUUCCUUUUGCUUUGCGCUGGAGAUAUCGAGACUAAAAGCUAUUUAUCAUCUCUUCGGUUCUAUUAAACAUUUCAACGAAAUUUAUUUUAGGGUUGAUGGUUUCAUUUCUUUUCCUCUUACUUAUUUUUUUUAUAUGGUAGACCUCAUUGCUACUUAAUUUUGCGGAUCAAUAAUUUCGCGAUUAAAAUACUAAUCCUCGCAAAAUAUAAAUAUACAAAAACGCGAAAUUUAACAACAACAACAAUAACUACACAUAGAGGAUAUGUAUCGAUGAAUACAAAUUUAAAACUAUUGAAUGGUUUUUACUGAUAAGUUCCAUUGUUUUGUUUUCUGCUGGGAAACAAAGCUUUUACAUAUGGAGAUGAGAAUCUCCUUUUAAAAAAGGUUCCAACAGAGUUCCGACUUUUUUUUAUAAUGCCUGAAUCGCGAAAUUUAAUGCCCUAUUUAUGAUAUUUGCCCGAAUGAAAUCACAAAUUAAAGUAAAACGCCGCGAAAUACUGUCUUGCCAAAAGCAUACGCGUGAAAUUAAGUACCAAUUUAGAGAUGUAAUGAUAGACGGUUACGGAGAACAAUGCUAUAGUAAAGGGUAGAAAAGACUUACCGACAUGUUCCUUCCAAACGUUACUGCAAAAUAAAGAGGAGUUUGAUUAUAUCAAGUUUCCUGCUCAAUGGCUUAAUUGGAAAUGGACUUUUUUAUAAAUGUCUUUUUGACGCUGAGGCAUUGGGACACUGACAGUCAACCAUCAUGAAGUGCGGUUUUGUGGCGGUUUAACUAUAGCAGUUGCCAUGGUUUCAAAAUAUAACAUUGCUUUGUUCAACAGCUGAAAAUGUUGUGCUAGAAAUUUCAACUGAAGAAUAAGAGGUGAUUAGUUUACUUGACUGGCUGUUGAGAAGAUCACCCUUCCUUCCAGGAAACAAUAGUAAAAAAAAAAGUUUGAAUUAUUCAUUUACUUUCAAGAAAUAAAAUGAGUGAAAUAUCAGCAAAAAUAUGUCUAGAUAUUUUUGUUUUGAACAAUGCUGUUGAAUUUUCUCGACCCGCAGCUCCUCCCUUGUCUCAGAAAAGGCGUUACGGCGUCGUGAGUAUUUGUUUUUUCUGACCCUGUUUUCGUAAAAUUUCUCAGACUAAGAAUGUAAGAAGAUAGGGAAGCAGUAAUAAACACAAUCUGGUUUGCCAAGGUCAUAUUUUAAUAACCUAAACUAUUAGUUCGGAAAAAACAUAUGGAAAGCCAGGAUUAUAUAACUUGUUUUAGUAUUUCAUCAGCUGGUGGCAAUUAAAAUCUAACUUCACUCAUCAGAUGACGUGCUUCACUAUGAAACAAAAGGCACUAUAUUUCAAGCCAUACUUCAAAGUUUUUAAUCAAAAGAUUUUAUUGAUACGAGAAUUAUGACGAAUCUUCUCUUUAUAAACCGUCGACUGCCUGAAUGACUGGGACGUCUCGAUGCUGAUGAUAGCUCGAGCUCAAUUAUUAUCAUUUUUAGAAACUAACUGUUUUUGUUUUCUAUUAAUUUGCAUUUUUAUCUCUUGCGAUACUUCCAUUUGAUUAUGUAAGACAUUUUUUUGAUGCUUUCUUAUUAUUAUGAAUGAUAAUAAUAUUGUCAUUUAUUGAUUUGUUGAUUUAUGUUUGGUUGGUGACAAUGAGUUUCUAAUGAAGAGCACUGGUUAGCUCAGUUAGGAGAGCGCCGAUAUGCUGAGCGGUCUGCUGAGCGAGAGGUCACGAAUUCAAACCCCGGCCGGACCAACACCCAGGUUCUGCCUUUGUAAUGACAUCUGCAAACGCUUAGACUUUCUAGUCUCCUCUGAUAAGCACGAAAACGAAAAACCGUAGGUCCUGUCUCACAGAACUUUCACUUAUCUGGUUUGUGGGACGUAAAAGAACCAACACCUCUGUUCAAAAAGAGUAGUGGACGUAGACCCCGGUGGGUACGGCCAACCUUUCCCGGGCUGGAUGGGUUAUUAUCUUGAUAUAGAUGAUCCUCCCUCAGGUGUCGUAAAGGCUACCUGUAAACAGUGUAUGUGAGCAGAAGAUCUGGUCAAUCUGAGCAAAAAUGAGUAAGAACGAUAAGAAAGAGCACCAAAAGCAGUAAGGUCUUAAACUAUGAAAUGAAUUUAAACGUAAAGCAUAAUAAACGUUUACUUUCCUCAGCUUUUUGGUUUUUGUAUUUUGGUUCUUUUUUGUUUUGUUUUUAUUAUUUCGUUUUUUUUGUUAGGAUUGAAAGCUGGUUAGUCAAAAUUUAGUAGAUAGGAACCAAUGUGCGUUUUACGAGGUUGUCUGUUUGAUCGCCUAAGAUGGGAAAUGGAAUCGUGACAAGGGAGCAACUGAGCUAACUAUUGGUUGUACACGAACUCCUCUAAAGUACAGACGUGUUUAACACUCGGCCACUCUCAUGAUCAUUUCAAUAGAGAAAGAAUAAUAGGAAUUCAAUGCUUUAAGACAUAAAACGGUAAAAACGAACGAUAAAAUCCGACGUUUCAGAGUAGUCAUGACUCCAUUAUCAAGGAAUUUUUUUUUAAUCAUGCAAAGCGAUGUGACGCGAAAAUUAACAUAACAGGGUGCGAAGAUUAUUCUUUCGCACGAAUAGAGUCUGAUAGCACGUUGAAAUUUGUCUUUAAGGUUCUUAUGAAAAGCAUUUCGCACCUAAACAGUCAAAUUUGUUCCUGCAUUUCUUAAGCACUUCGAGACGUUUUAGCAGGUCCUAAGACCGUCCCAUGCAUGUUCUUGUAAUGUUUGGCAGUGGCGGAGGACUUUUGUUAGCCCUUAAACAUUAUGUCGCCGGACUUUCUUAUAACUGUGUGUCUUCUCUAAAGGUUCAGGAUUUUCCUCUGUUUUAUUUGACAAUACAACUACUGAUUUCAAUUCAUUCUUUGAGAAGGAGUGAAUCAUUGCCAACCAUAGAAAUUAUCAAGCGACACACGUGGUGAUUUCUUGAUCUCCUGAUCUUGCAGCCUGUGUUUCUGGAUCAAAGAGGGAAUAAUUAGAGACCUAACUAGAUUCUAGGACGAGAACGACUACGAAGAGCGAGGAGAAACGGAUGUUUUCGCAGGCUACGGGAAACUCCAUUGCACUUCUUUCUCAUCAAAAAAAUUAGCACCGUUAUGUUUACUUAAUACGUGGUCUGUACGAAGUUUUUGUUAUUUUAAGGUAGCCGUGGCGCCUGGGGUAAACGUUCCAUCUCAAAUGCAGUCGUCUUUUCCCCCUUAGGGAUCAAUUUUUUCCUGUAGACAUACUGCCAACAGAUCACUUCUUUGCGUCGUUCCAUUGCAGGUCAGCCACUUUGAUUUUGGAUUCAAAAAUAAUUAUGAAAUUCUUGCCGAGGAAUCUAUUACUCCCUUUUCCGCAAAUCUUAAUAUACCGUUUCCGUAGAGCUUAUAAGCAAAGAAUUUAUUAAACAAAUGCACCUGGUUACGGACCGCAUGAAUCAAAAUAUUUUGUUGCAACUGGAUUAUGUUGUAGCUUAUAGGAUUCGUUGCUAACGGCGUUUCACGUAAGAACUAACCAUAUCGAUGACAGAAGGUCAAAUACAUGUCACAAAUUAAUUGAAAAUAAUAUGUGAAAUUCUUUUGCCAAAAAACAUGUGCGAUGCGAAAGGUCUGAUAUUUGUGGCCUAUUUCUCCUUUUCGAUUUCUUUUCACAUAAUGCAGCAUCUUGCGAAAUCGAGAUUUAUGAAAUUUUUAGUACGUUAGCAAGAAAAAGUGCAAAAAAUACUGACGUGAGACAACAACGAAACCUCAAUAGAGUAUGUUUAUUUGUUGCUGAAAUAUUUCACCCACUGAUCAACUACUCGUGGGUUGUUGAAUCAAGUGUUCUACGUAGGCAAAGAUAUCAAAAUAUUUUCCGCAGUCCAGGUUUUCUUUAAUAUUUCCUUUAAUAAGAGGCAAUAAAACGAAAGGACGGCACAGAAAUUAAAAAAUAAUUUUGUUUUUGAAGAGAAACUGAUGGAAUUAUUCUUCCGAAAGGAUUUUUCGGGAAGUGGUCUGACUUUGAGUAUUUGUUUUGGUUUACAGAUGGAAGGGCGCCGGCAUUAAUUCUACAUAGCUAUGGCAUAAUUUAAGGAAACACAAAAAAAUGCUUCUUGAAUUGGCUUCCGGAAAAGCCUAAAUAUGGCGCCGAAAUUGCAAAAGGUUAUCAUAAUUACGUACUCGGGCCCACACCUUGCCAACUUCAGUGAAAUGUAUAAAAGCCAACGUCUGUAACCUAGUUGCUAACAGAUCAGAAAAUCUGCAUUGAGCAGCAAGAGGUGAAAGGCUAGAAUCUGCAGUAACAACACUAACCAGGAACAAUCAUGGUAAGAAUUUCUUGUGCUUCUCUUAAGGCGCUUAUACCCUUAAUUUUUGCAUGCAUUGUUGAAGUUGAUUAUAAACUGCAUUUUGGACGGAACUAUCCAACGAUAACAACAUAAAAAGUCUUUAUUUAUCUUCAGUAAAACUUGGACAGAUUUUGAUAACUUUCUCAACUUGUUUUUAUGAGGAAAUUGUGGUGGAUAUAUCUUAUUAUCUUACCACUUAUUGACGAUUAUGCAUCUAUAUGUAACAUGCAUUUUUAGCCGGCUUAAUUAAAUUCGAACCGAUUAAAGCUACAAAAGACCGACUAUAAACUAGUACUAAUUGAUCGAGCCUCUCUGACUGUACCACCCUGUAGUUGCUGAAUGGGGCUAAAGUCCAAGAGAAUCUUAAAAUCACUAGUAACGAAUUGAAGAUCGAGCCGUAAUCGCAUUCUUUACUAGGUGACUUUUCAGAGACGGGCGGAUUAACCUCGGACGUACAAGAAUCCCCCCGGCCCCCCAUAAGGUUUUUUUGAGUUUUUUCCUAGAGGAUAGAACAUCCGCAACUGACGAUCUCAGUAGCUGUUCGUUCAUCCCUCUCGCAGAUUUUGAGAAGAGUUUAGUGAUGGUAAGUUACUAUAGUUACGAGAUAUGACGUCAUAAAAUGAGGUGGUCAAGCAAAUUUUUGGUGAAAAUACAUGUUUUUUCAACUUCUUUCAACAAUAAAAGUAAAUCUUGUGGCUAAAAUCUUGCAAAGUGUUUAUUUAUGUGUUAUUUUUCAUGUAAAGCAUAAAAAAUUACCAUUUCUCGCGGUUUUAACCUGACAUUUCCAAUUCUUGUUAAAAUCCAAGAUGGCGGCCAAGAUGACGACCAUUGCUGGUGACGUCACAGGCCUCAAGCAGCUCCACCAGUCAUAAAAUAUACCUCAUCUUGUUAAGAAGAUCAAAGGCUUUCCACUAAAGGCAAAAUCGUUUUAAAAUACUCCAACAUAUCAAAAACUCCGGGGAGGGGUUCCAUCCAUCUACCCUCCUGUACCACGGUGGUGGUAUGAAUUUGCUUGUACGUCCGAGGGUUAACUAAUUAAACCUCGAUCUGGCCAAAACGGUCUCAAGUAGCCGGUUCGUUAUCCGCGGGUAAAAAGGAUAUGCUUGAAUUAUUGCUAUCCUUAGCUUACGCGAUUGUAAGUAACAAAACAUAGCCGGUCUCUGAUUCUUGAAGACGUAAGGAAAAUGAACCGGCGGACGAACUUAUGAACCAAUUUAUUGUUUUCUCCAGGCCGCAAAGACAGAUAUCACCGUAGUUUCACUAGUCGUAAUGGUGUUUACAGCCAGCAUGGUUGCUGUUCAAGCCAUCCCAAGGCCCAAUCUCGACAGUACCGCCGUGUGUGUCAGCUGCUGUCAUUCUCAAUGGAAAGCCUGCAUGUCGCAAUGUCAGCCAAUCAGCAGUUGUAUUGAUUGCAGUAUGGCAUAUGGCAAUUGCACGCUGGAAUGUCCUGGUUCGUGCCAGAUUUGA